AUUUGGCGCGAUCGCGAAGUGACCGGUGACACUGUUGGAAGUGAUCGUCAUCGUCAUCAUCAAAAGUGCAUUCGGAUUUUUCACGAACAUUAUACUCAGUAAGAUUUGUCUGGAAAUUCCUACGUUUCCUUAGUGCCAGUGAUAAAUUUUUGAUAUCAAACUAAUACCAUGCAUUUCCAAAAACUUGUGAGUGUAAUUCCAAUGGGACACCUACCAUCCCAACCGAAAAUUUCAUACAAGGGAAUGUAAACUCCCUAUUGAUAAGCUAUGAAAGUGUAAUGGAAUAUAUGGAACAGUUUAACUUUAAGUGAUUUGAGUGCACCCACAAGGAUCCAAGCAGUUUACCCUUCUUUUGGAACUGGAUAGACCGCACAUUGAGUGAAAAGUGACUCAGAGUGUCCUGAACUAAUUCCUUGAGUUUCUAGUUAUUGUCAAAGUUACAGAAAAACCAUUAGGCAAUAGAGCAUUUCCACAAUACUUAUAAUUUGCUGGUCUUUUAAUUAUGAAGUUGUCCAUUUCCAGGCGGAUAGUUUUUAUGAAUUUAUGAGUUUCUUGUUUCACGGGAUUUCAGAAAUGUAUUUUUCUAUUGAGAGAGUUAUUUCACAAACUUGCUGCCAUUACAGAAAAUGCAUGUACCGGCCUUUAUAACAUUUCGGUGUACUUCUUCAUUAGAGCUACUCCUGAUUCCUUGCAGUAUUCCUUAAAACACAAGCGGGUCCUCAUCGUGUUGUAUCGGUUAAGAUUUAUAAACCACAACUAGAUAACAUUCCAAAACUCACACAUGUUUAGAUAUAGUCAACUUUUUGGAAGACCCUGGAAGAUUUUGCUGAACUUAACAAAAUUCGGUUGAUGCUUCAAAAGCUGCAAUUUAAAUUGGGUUUUUCGAAAUCCAACGUAUUUCCUUUUGGUGAAACGCUCUGAAUGUGAUGGAUGAUUUCGGUAGCGAUAUCUCCGGAAACCCUCCCGUCGAUGCGCAUUAAACAACACUACCGAAUGCCGGCGGGUCACUUGGAAGAAGGAGAGUACGUUUCGGUGAAGACGAGGCCCACAACCCCUGAGGGCUCCGGAGCAGGCAACUUUUGGUUGACCUCAUCCGGAGCCCCUCCGCAUGGUCCUGCGGUCCUUCCACUGGAAGGCUGCAAUGAAACUGGCUUCAUCAAUAGUCAACCGUCCAUGGCGGAGUUCAUGACUGCCUUGCCCCAUCUAUCUGGAGAAAUGUCCCAUGGAAAUACUGCCAUUAGUCCUCAAAAUCCAUCGCCAGGAGGUGGAUAUCCCAUGGAUGUUCCUCAUGGAAUGGGAUCCCCUGGCGUGAAUGUUCCUGAAUAUCCAUGGAUGAAGGAGAAGAAAACUACCAGGAAAAGUAGUCAGCAAGAAAAUGGACUGCCCAGGAGACUAAGAACAGCCUACACAAACACGCAGUUGUUAGAACUGGAAAAGGAAUUUCACUUCAACAAGUACUUAUGCAGACCUAGAAGAAUAGAAAUAGCAGCAUCUUUAGAUUUAACAGAACGACAGGUAAAAGUAUGGUUUCAAAACCGUCGAAUGAAGCACAAGCGUCAAACACUCAGUAAGCAGAACGAAGACGGCGAUGACAAAGAUUCGGUUAAUAGCGACGGAAGUAAGAGCGGUAAAUUAUCCACAGAUAAAUUCCUCGUAGAUGAGAUGUCAAAAAAGAGCUGCCAAGGAUGCGAGAUGCCUCCAGCAGUCUGCGGUCCCCACGAGGAAGUUUCAGAUACGGGAUCAACGAGGGGGAACAACAAUAAUACUCCUAGCGCUACAAACAACAACAGUACUAAUAGCAACGGUUCCAACAGUCUAACAAGCUCCAGCUCUUUCGAUAAGAUUUUAAGCGAAGAGGAUUCUCAAUCCAACGAAGCAUCGUCAACCCAUUUACUGCCCAAGGGAUCUAGGAAGUCGACUACUCCCAACAGUGUUACAAUUAAACAAGAAUCUCGAAGAGAUUCGCCCACUUCGACGGAUAAGCCUGCAACGUGUAAAAUUCUCCAGACAACAAUUAAUAAAAAGGAAACUAGUGUCCAUUUGCCCCCCGCAAAUGUUGUAACUAGUGGCAGCAAGGUGAAUUCUAAAAUUAUUUCUCCCCCUGCAGAAACAGCGCCUGUUGUGAGUUCUAGCCCUCUAGGGAUAGCUCCAUUAAACAAUCCUCCGUACACUCACAUCCAAAGAUCAUCUCCGACUACAGCUACGGCUAUCGCAUCUGCAACAGUAACAAUCCAAAAUAUUCCUAACAGUGUGCCACCUUUUGCAGCACGAGGGGCUAAUGUUGGCAACUUUCCUAACCAUUAUCCUACUAAUCCCCAAGUUGAUUACAGAGUUGACGGAAGGCAAUCGAAGCAACCACAUUUCCAAUACCAAGUAAAUCAUCACAUCUCAUACAGUUCUGACAUGUACAGUAUGGACCAAUGUUCAGAUGGUCAAGGAAAUUAUUAUAGAAACCAAAUGCAUCCCACAGGAGCUCCCCCGCAUGACAAUUGUAAAGAUGGAGGUGGUACACGAACUGCGAACAAGGGCAGGCAAAUGUACCACUCCUCAUACCCCAAUCAUCACUAUUAUAAUUAUAAGAGGCCUGGACAAACUUAUCCACAGAAUAUGAAUGAUUACAAUCAUUCCUAUCAGUCCGAUCAAUCUGGAUACAACACUUACACCUAUCCUACGCCGAGUAUGUAUCCAGAAGAAACGAUGGGUGUCCACGUCAACCAUGCUGGUCAUGGUAACCAUGGUCAAAAUUCGCUUGGAAAUUAUUAUGGUAAUGAAGGUGUACAGCAAAUGCACAAGAUUCAUCACAACGAGUACCCCAACAAAGUUGGGUACUAUGAUAACCAUUCUUACAAUACUCCUCAAAAUCCAGAAGCAUCCACGUACAUUCCAUCAGAUUCGUAUCCGCCAGGGAACUCAUCGAUGGUAAACGCUGCCAUCAUGACACCCCCCGGUAGUUCUCAGACUGAUUCUAGUGAUACUUAUAAUUCGUUUCAUCAAUUCUAUCCCAACGAAACACAACAAAAUCACAUCGCUCCAUCAGGAGAGAAUAGCAAUAGUUCUUCGGACUUUAAUUUUCUUAGCAAUCUUGCAAACGAUUUCACACCGGAGUAUUACCAAAUUUGAUUCAGUGCAAUAUCGGACACGUUCUUGGAAUUUUGUUCGUAGAUAUUUUUAUUUAAGUAUGUAAAUAGAUAUUGUUGUUUUGGAGCGUUGUUAUGUUGAUCUUUUUUUUAUAUAGUGUUCAACCAGUUGUAUAAUCGCUAACACUUUUAGUUCUAGAGCCUUAAAUACUCGAUGCAUGUAAAGGAACAUAAACUACAGUUGUUUAUAAGAGACAAUCCAAUUGUUUUUCUGUUUGUUUAUUCAUGGAAAUAGUAUGCACUAGUAAGGGCAAAUUAAACUUAUGUAAUAAUCAAAU